UGGGGGCCUGGAGUCGGUGAGGAGGAGAGAGGCCGCCGCGGCGACGACGAAGACAGCGGCGGAGCGGGCCGGGCGGGAGGAUGGGCUCGCAGGUGCUGCAGAUCCUCCGCCAGGGAGUGUGGGCCUCGCUGACGGGCGGUUGGUACUUCGACCCGCACCAGAGCAAGUUCUCCAACUGCUUCCACCUCUACGUCUGGCUCUUCCUGCUCUGCCUGCCCUUCCUGCUCUUCAUGGCUUUACCGCCCAGCACCUCCGUAGCCGGCAUCUACUGUGCCGUUGUCGCCCUGUUCUUCACCACGAUCAAGUCCAUCAACUACCGCCUGCACGCCAUGUUCGACGAGGGGGAGAUUGUGGAGCAGAGGAACCCGUCGCUGGCCGCGGAGGGCAGCAAGCUGGAAGAGUCUGAGUUGGGGGGCGGUGGCGAGGAAAGCAGUGGCAUCAGGGACCCGGGGGGAGGAGUGGAGAUGACGGUUUUUCGAAAGGCUAACACCACUCCGCCUGUACGAUGUAGCUCACAGCAUUCUGUCUUUGGGUUCAACCAAGUCUCGGAACUGCUGCCCCACCUGGAGGACCAUGGUGCCUCUAAAGGAAUCAGAGAGCUAGUCCGCGAACAAGGUAGCAAAAAUGUCAUUGUCACAUCGGCCGACCGGGAGUUACUGAAGCUGAACACGCCGGACACAGCAGAUGCACAGACAGCCAAGGAGUGCCUGAUGCUGCCCGAGGCCUGCCAGGUGGACACGAGCAACAUGGCCAAGAGGCUGCCCCCGCUACCCACCCAGUCGGUGCUGCCCUUCCGCAUCAGCCUGGAACCCGCCCCGUCCUCCCCCUUGCUGCCAGCCGACCCUCCCCAGCACUCAGCCGCCGAGCCUCGCGUCCUCCCCCCUCCGCCCUUUGGACUGCUCAACCAGCUGGGAAGCUGGCGCCCCGGCGAACCCCAGAGCCUGUGUGAGGCCCUGCUUGGACCCCUGCUGCAGGGGCGGCUCGGGGGCGAGGAGGAGGAAGAGGAGGGGGCCGGCGGCCGGGACCCCCAGCCUCCUGCCGCGCCACAGCCCGGCGGCGCCAAGGCGGCCGGCUCCACUGACAGCUGCUUCAGCGGCACCGGCCGGGAGUCGCCGAGCACGGUCAGCAGCUUCCGCAGCGAGAAGACCAGCUCCACCCGCCUGGAGAGCCCAUCCCUGGCCCCCAGGGUGGGAGGGGCCGGUGGGGACGCUGGCCUCUCCCGGAGCCGAGGUGAUGGAAAGGCAGGCAGCGACACCGACAACCUCUCUGACAGCGAGAUGGCCGCCACGCCCGACCCCGGAGAGCAGCCCGCCGUCACCUUCACCUUCCCUGGGACGCAGCCCGGAGCCCCCGACCCCCUCACCUCCUGGCUGUCCUCGCCGUCGCCGCCAACCACACGGGAGGCGGGAGCCGAGCAGGCGGUGAGGCCUAAGGACCUGAAGCUGGUGAGGCGGCGGGGCUCGGCCAGGAAGAAGCCCGGUGGCAGGAGGAGGGCCGGCGGUGGCUUCGACCGCCGGCGGGAGUGCGGCCCCCCGCCCCGCCCUUUCGCUGAGGGCUUCUUCGAGGACGAGGACUCCAGCGACCCCAGCGACGCCUCCAGCCUGCGCUCCCAGCCCCGCUACAGCAGCUCCUCCAGCUCGUCCAGCGCCACCUCCCGCUCCUGCUCCCCGCCCACUGCUGGCCGCCGCAGGAGCCGGCGGUCCUCCCGCCCCGAGGCCGAGCCUGCCCCCUCGCUCCCAGCAGCUCACGCCCCCGAGGGGGCCUCCGCCAAGACCCACGCCCGGGUGCUGAGCGGGGGAGGCGGGGGCGAGCAGCCAGCCGCUGGCGCGGGCAGCACUCGCACGCUGACCGCCUCCAAGUCAGACCUGGAGGCGCGGGAGGGCGAGCCCAGGGGCCGGGAGCGCUUCGCCCAGCGGCUGGAGUCCGUUGGCAGCACCUGGAGUCACUCAGCCAGUCCGGCCAGCUGGGCGGCUGCCCUCACCGGGGAGGGGGCUGUCGGAGGAGCCCCCGUCCCUGACGACGCGGGAAAGCGGGAACUCAGCAGCAGCGUCAAGCGGACGCAGGCGAUGAGGCGACGGCACAAUGCCGGCAGCAACCCCACGCCACCGCCAUCCAUCAUGGGCUCCCCACCAAGCCUGCAGGACAUCCAGCGGAACCGCACGGCCUCCCAGUCGCGGACCCACGCACUUCCGGCAGCCCUGCAGUUUGCCAGCUCGCUGCUGUUACCCCGAGGCCCCGUGCACGAGGCUUCCAACUUCGACGACACCUCAGAGGGAGCCAUUCACUACUUCUACGACGAAGCUGGUGUCCGCAGGUCCUACACGUUUGGCCCAACAGGAGGAGGCUAUGAGAAUCCAGUGGGGCAGCAAGUGAGCCUGGAACACAUCAAUAACAAUGCAUGGGAUCAUCAUUCUCACUCUUCCAGUUUCACGUCUGCUGAUGCACCGGAUGGGAUACCAGCACUACCCCUCCUCCAACCCCGGCCAGUUGUCCUCCAGGGAAUGCAAGUCCGGCGGGUCCCAAUGGAAAUUCCUGAGUUGGAUUUUCUGGAUCAGGAAUCGCUCCACGAGUCCCAGGAGAACACACUGAUGAUCGAGGAGAAGACCAGAAACAAGCAGUACUACAAGUUCUGGCUGCUGCCCUGGAAGUGGACGCGGAUUCGCUAUGAUCGACUGGCUUUGCUCGCUUUGCUGGACAGAAACCGGCAGGCCUUUGAGAACGUGGUGGCAGUUGGCUUGGCGGCGCUAGUCGCUUUCCUGGGCUUCAUGCUGCUGCUCGAGGGCUUCUUCCGGGACAUCUGGGUGUUCCAAUUCUGCCUGGUCAUCGCCAGCUGCCAGUACUCGCUGCUCAAGAGUGUUCAGCCUGAUGCAGCGUCCCCUAUGCAUGGCCACAACUGGAUUAUCGCAUACAGCCGCCCAGUCUACUUCUGCAUGUGCUGCAUGCUGAUCUGGCUCUUUGACUUUGCCAGCCAGAACAACAACCUCCACCCCAUCAGCCUGUACGGGAUCACUCUCUUCUCUGCCCAGUCCUUCGCUUGUGCCAGGGACGUAGUGGUCGUGUUCACGCUGUGUUUCCCGGCCAUUUUCCUAGUCGGGCUUAUGCCUCAAGUCAACACUUUCUUCAUGUACUUGUUGGAGCAACUGGACAUGCACGCCUUCGGGGGCACUGCCACAACCAGCCCUGUGUCAGCACUUUACAGCUUUGUGCGUAGUCUCUUGGUUGCUGCCCUUCUGUACGGAUUCUGCUUUGGUGCUGUGAAGGUUCCUUGGGAGCCCCAGCACGUGCCUGUUCUGUUCUCGGUGUUCUGUGGUCUUCUAGUUGCCCUGUCAUACCACCUCAGCCGACAGAGCAGUGACCCCACCACCCUCUGGUCCCUGAUCCGGUCAAAGUUCUUUCCUCAACUGGACAAUCGAAACCCUGAGGAUCCACUGCUAGAAAUCCAGGAUCCACUCCCAGCGAAGCUCAGGAGCUCGGUGCGGGAGAUCCUCCACUCAGAUCUGGUCAUGUGUCCAGUGAUCGCCAUCAUAACCUUUGCUAUCAGUGCCAGCACCGUGUUCAUUGCACUUCAGCCGGUCCUGAGUUACGUGCUGUACGCCCUAGCUGGCCUGGUUGGCUUCCUGACGCACUACCUCCUCCCACAGCUCCGCAAGCAGCUGCCCUGGUGCUGCCUGUCGCAUCCUGUCCUCAAAUCCAAGGAAUACAGUCAGUUUGAGGUCAGAGACGCGGCACAAUUGAUGUGGUUUGAGAAGGUCUACGCCUGGCUCCAGUGCACGGAGAAAUACUUCAUCUACCCGGCUGUCAUCCUCAGUGCCCUCACCACAGAUGCCAGUGCCGUCAGCGGCCGCCACAAGCUGGGCAUAUUCACCGACCCACUCUUUAUCACAGUGGCUGGGAUGAAGCUUCUCCGUUCCUCCUUCUGCUGCCCGUGCCAUCAGUACGUGACCCUCAGCUUCACCGUCCUCUUCUUCCGCUUCGACUACAGCCGCUUCUCCGAAACCUUCCUGCUCGAUUACUACUUCAUGUCCAUCCUCUGUAGCAAGCUCUGGGAUCUGCUGUACAAGCUACGUUUUGUGCUGACGUACAUCGCCCCUUGGCAGAUCACGUGGGGAUCCGCAUUCCACGCCUUCGCCCAGCCGUUCGCUGUUCCCCAUUCUGCCAUGCUUUUUGUGCAGGCUGUGCUCUCGGCCCUCGUCUCCACCCCUCUGAAUCCUCUCCUCGGCAGUGCUGUUUUCAUCACCUCCUAUGCCAGACCGGUGAAAUUUUGGGAGCGAGAUUACAACACCAAGCGGGUCGAUCACUCCAACACUCGGCUGGCCACCCAGCUGGACAGGAACCCAGGUGCAGAUGACAACAACCUCAACUCUAUCUUCUAUGAGCACCUGACCCGCUCGCUGCAGCACAGCCUGUGUGGAGACCUGCUGCUGGGGCGCUGGGGCAACUACGCCAUGGGCGACUGCUUCAUCCUGGCCUCUGACUACCUCAACGCCCUGGUGCACCUAAUCGAGAUUGGCAACGGGAUCAUCACCUUCCAGCUGCGUGGGCUGGAGUUCCGAGGCACCUACUGCCAGCAGCGCGAGGUGGAAGCCAUCACGGAGGGCGUGGAGGAAGACGAGGGCUGCUGCUGCUGUGAGCCCGGCCACCUGCCCCACAUGCUGUCCUUCAACGCCGCCUUCGGGCAGCGCUGGCUCGCCUGGGAGGUCGCUGCCACCAAGUACGUCCUGGAGGGCUACAGCAUCAGCGACAACAACGCGGCCUCCAUGCUGCAGGUGUUCGACCUCCGCAAGAUCCUCAUCACCUACUACGUGAAGAGCAUUGUCUACUACGUGACCCGGUCCUCCAAGCUGGAAGAGUGGCUAAGCAACGAGGCCAUUCAGGAGGUGCUGAGGCCCUGCUCAAGCCCUGGCUACGCCGACAGCGACCCCACCUUCAACCACAACAUCGACGAAGACUACGACCAUCGCAUGCAGGGCAUCUCCUUGGCCUCCUUCUGCAACGUGUACCUGGACUGGAUCCAGUACUGCGCCAGCCAGCGGGACAAGCCCGUGGAGAGCGACAGGGAGUCUCGGCUGAUCACCUUGUGUUUCGGACUCUGCAUCCUGGGCCGCAGAGCCCUGGGGACAGCCUCGCACAGCCUGUCGGCCAGCCUGGAGCCGUUCCUCUAUGGGCUGCACGCCCUGUUCAAGGGGGAUUUCCGCAUCACCUGUCCGCGCGACGAGUGGGUCUUUGUCGACAUGGAGCUGCUGCAGAAGGUGGUGGCGCCGGGGGUCCGCAUGUCCCUGAAGCUGCACCAGGACCACUUCACCUCCCCCGACGAGUACGAUGACCCAGCGGUGCUGUACGACGCCAUCGCCAGCAACGAGGAAAAGAUGGUGAUCUCCCACGAGGGUGACCCGGCCUGGCGCAACGCCAUCCUCACCAACACCCAGUCGCUGCUCGCACUGCGGCACGUCAUGGACGAUGGCAGCGACGAGUACAAGAUCAUCAUGCUGAACAAGCGGUACCUCAGCUUCCGAGUCAUCAAGGUGAACCGGGAGUGUGUCCGAGGCCUGUGGUCGGGCCAGCAGCAGGAGCUGGUGUUCCUGCGGAACCGGAACCCGGAGCGCGGCAGCAUCCAGAACGCCAAGCAGGCCCUGCGCAACAUGAUCAACUCCUCGUGUGACCAGCCCAUUGGCUACCCCAUCUACGUCUCGCCCCUCACCACCUCGUACGCCGGCCAACACAGUCAACUCCGCAGCAUCUGGGGGGAGCCCGUCAGCCUCAGCAACAUCUCCAGCUGGUUCAUCUCCAGCUGGGAGAGGUUGCAGAAGGGCUGUGGCGCGGGCUGCAACAGCGGAGGCAACAUCGAAGACUCUGACUGCGGUGGGGGCUCCUCAUCCAUCAGCAACAACCCAACGGUGCACGUGACCCACAGCAGCACGUCGCAGAGCGGGCUGGGGGCUUCAAACCCCCAGGGCCCCGUCGCCACCACCCAGCCUCUGUCAGGAAGCGACGCCAAUUCUCAGCUGGGACCUCCCUGGGCCACUAGGCAGCAGGCGGCCCAGCUCUCUCUGCUGCCCCAGGCGGAGCCCCGGCGGGAGGGCAGCAGCUCCCUGCAAAGGACCUCCUCCAUCCAGGGCCUCCAGACACACCGGCUGUCCUCCAGCCAACUCUCCUUCACCAGCUCCCUGGUCUCCAUGGCGACGCAGGCUGAGCGCUUCGGGACAGGCAGCCAGCUGGACGGCACGGCGCCGGGCCGGGUCCUCCACCGGACUGGCUUGUCCUCCUCCUCCGCCAACUUCUCCGGCGACGGGCCCCAUGGGAAGUGGAGCCUGCCAGGACGGAGAGGGAUGGGCGGCCCCUUCGCUGGCGACUGGGACGCCGGCUGUGGGACCCAGUCCAGCGGCAGCAUCCUGGGCACGCCGGCUAAAGGAAGCCUGCCCAGGACCCAGGCGCCGUGUGACCUAAGCCAAGUCCCCGAGUCGGACGGCUCCUCGCCGAGGUCGGAGCAGGGGCUGGCGGACCUGGUGCCCCAGGUGGGGGUCCCCGAGCUGAAGGAGUGGGAGCAGAAGGAAGAGCCGGAAGCCACGGCGGUGCAGUCACUGCUGGACCACCAGUUCUGACUGAGCGGAGGUGUGAUUGACUUCCCGGAUCCGCGAGCUCCGCUCCCAUCUCUCUCUCCGUCUCUUUGUGCCUUGCACUGGUGAGAAAUCUUUAAAUUAAAGAUGCAACCGUGUGUGUGCUGAGGACCUCUGAUGGUGUUCGCCGGGGACGUCCGCAUCAGGAUUUCACCCCGGAGCCAGCUAUGAGGAGCCGAUGAUGCCCAGGACUCGCCGGUCCAGGAUCCUCCCCCAACUAUGUGCUUGGGCUGGUUUCCAAGCCCUCUCCCCACUUCACCUGCUGCCCCCCAUCCAAACACCUGAACCCAGAGCCUAAAGACUGGUACGCAAGCUGCAGACGAGGAAGCUCAACGUGGCCUGAGUUACACCCACGAGGCAGGAGGGAUCCUUCUCGCUUUGUACUUUCAGAGGGUGUUGUGUCCCUCUUUUUCCAGGCACCAUGCUCAUUUCAGGGAGCAGCAGUUCACAGUGAGUUCACUUCCAGUCGAGUGUAUACGGCGCAAGUCUCCUCCGUGUGGUCUGGGUGAACCAUUGGCUGCCUGGGUACCGGUCGGCGGUCUCCGUCGCUCAAUCUGAAGCACAGUGGGCCAAUGUGAGAUGAUCGUCAACGGGGGGCCAAGUCCUACCAUCCUUCCCAUUGCUGGUGAGCGUGCCCUGUCCCUGCUGCUGCAGAGGGCCCAUUCUCUCAGCAGACGUACUCGAUGCAGAAGUUUUGUGAGAUCGAGGGAGAGAGGGGGCGGCCAGUUUUGCAAAUAGAUUACCCGUUGAGAAGGAUGAGUCGUGAAGCGUUGCCUCGGGCUAGAAUCUGACCUGGUUUCUGCACAUUUAGCAAAAUCUUUUUAACCUCCCGACAUCUUGGGCUUGUUCACCUCCAGGUGGUGAGUCUUCAGUGCUGGGUCCUUUACCUCCACCAUCCAAGCCAUGGGAGACGCGUCACCACGUUGGUGCCUCUCGGUGAGGGGCUGAGCCCCAGAGGCUGCUAAUGUCUGAGCUGGAGUGGGGGCGAUCCGUGUGGAAAGGUUGACCACCCCCUCCCCUGUCCCCUGGUAAAUGCCCUCCAAGGGUCUGGUGGGCAGUCCAGUGAGUUGCAACCUUUCCCGCUCUGCUCCUGAGCGAGCUGGCAUACGGUCAUCCGAGACCCCUCGUACAUCCCACCCAUGGAAAGGUCAUCGAUGCCAGUGCCUCCCUGCCGAGUGUUGGUGGGGAGGGGGAAGCCCCGACGAGGAAAAGAUCCGGGAAGCAUGACUGCGGUCAGUGCAAACCAGUGAGUCGAAUCCUGCACCAUCCUACCCUUCCCCCAAGUCCUCUAAACCUACCACCUUGUGCCAGGUAAUGGUAAUGGCUUUGGUGACCAAGGCCGGUAAUCUCUGGGAAGGCUCCCUCUUGGAAAGUGAAGGUGGUCAGGAAUUUAGCAAAAGAAACGUCUCUGUGGGUUUGUGGAAGGAAGCCCGGACGGUGUCGUCACAAUGCUCAGGGACCUUGUGACAAGCGGUGUGCUGGAAGAGGUGAGGAGGAGCCCCUGGUCUAAUGGUGCUCUCCUGACACCCCAACCAGUACCUGGACUGAUCACCACUCGGCACUCCUGGUCAACUGCAGAGCCCUGCAUCUUAACCAACGUUCUAGUUGGGAACUGAUGACAGAUGUUUUUUAUAUAUAAAUAUAUAUACACACACCAGUUUUGAAUGAACUUUCUUAACAAAAGAAUUGAGCUUGAAAGAUUUCUGUUUCUAAUUUAAAAAUUGUUAAUCUCUGAAAUCCAGCUGGCUUAUGAUUGUAUCAGAAAUAUUGAUAACCCCCCUCCAGCCCAUCCAAGCUUUGUGUUUGCAGCGUGAACUGCCCAGUACAGCCCCAGCAGCAGCCCUUUGGUAGCUGAAACUUCAGUAAAGUAUUUAAUCUGUGUGAGGGGAGGGGCGAGGGCGAGGGUGAGAGGUGGAAGGAAAACUACAUCAUUUUAUAAGGUAUGCCUUUGCACACUAUUUUAUUUUGUGGGAGCUCUCUACCAUCAUUGUGUUGGCAUUCUAGAUUGGGUUUUGAAGGUUGAUCUUAAAAGGGAAUACAAUUCUAGCAGGAAUCCUUGGAUGGCCUUUCACUGCAUCACCUCCAUUUUUAAUUAAAUCGAUUUGAAAUUCUUGCGCAGGUUUGUACCUAUCCUGCUUCUCUGGGCCGAUUCCCAUCGGGCUCUUCUAUGUCAACAGUCAUGUUGCAGUUCAGGGUUUUGGCCACCAGGUAGCACUACAGAGUACUUUUCAGAUGCCUCUCUCCCUGGGGGGGUGGUGCAUGCACAUCAUGGUUGUUUGAUAAAAUGCUGAAGAAGAAUUAUUUAUAUUUCAGGCAUUUUUAGUAUUGGGCAUCAAACUCUUCAUCCCACUGCCCUGAUGCACAUUUCCAACAAGUCUGAUCCAUUCUCUGCCAAACCCUUCUGUAAAAAGUAGCCGUAGGAGAAACUGAAACUCAAAUGAUUCAAAGCAUUUAUUUCUCAGUGGAACAGCUGGAGUGGACUUUCGACAGAACCCGCUUUUUCAAAUGCAUCCAUUAUUUUUUCCUAUGAAAGACUCCCAUCCAACAAUAGAGUGCAGGAAGAUAUCAUUUAGACCUUUUGUGUGUGCAACAGCUCCUUAGAAGAGUGAUCCAAUUAAUCUCCCUCUGCAGCCUGCUCUUUCCCCAAUACCCUGCUAUUAUUUUAAUGUAAAUCAACCAAAAUGUACAUGGGUUUCUCUCAUAGUUUCUCCCUACCCACAGCGUUGAAUAAGCUGCAAACUAAACUCUAUUAAACUUUCAAUUUCUGUUCCCUUUGAUUACAAGGAGGUUUGUCAUCUGGGAAUUGCCACACCAGGAAUUUAGACCAUGCACCAGUCUUCAGGCAAGUUGGACAGAGCUUUACUCUGCCUAACCUGUAUCGUCCCUGCCCUUUUUUUUACAAAAACAAGUUCAUUUCAAGUACUACAAUACUACAACAAUAACUAAAUACCAACUAAAUUAAAAUAUUCCUAUCCUUAUCCAGGAUGCAAUUUACCCCAUGGUGCCCAUGGAAACCGCAUGCUCUUUAGCCAAGGAGCAUACCCCCUGAAGAUGACCAGGCAGUCGUCUCAGGCAGAGCCCUCAGCUGUCCCCACUGUCCCUGCCCUGGGAGUGUGUGAUGGGACAUUUCAGAGGGAGCUUCACUCUGUGUCUGACCCUGGGAGUGUGUGACAGGACAGUACAGAGGGAGCUUCUCUCUGUGUCUGACCCUGGGAGUGUGACAGGACAGUGUAGAGGGAGCUUCCCUCUGCGUCUGACUCUGCGAGUGUGAAGGGACAGUACAGAGGGAGCUUCGCUCUGUGUCUAUCCCGUGCCCUGGGGGUGUGAUGGGAUGAUGUAGAGUGAGCUUAAUAUCUAACCCUUAUUGGUUACUGACCAGACUGUGCCAAAUGCGAUCUGGUUACCUAUGUUGCACUUGCCUGGCACUGCCAAGUCCCUAGUAUACCCCAGUAAACUGGCAUUGGAUGAGUAGGGCAUCCCACUAUAAGUGGCUUUAGUGUGUACCACCCGACCAAGCACACAACAGGAUUUCAGAGCUCCAGUGUCUGUCCCUUCCUGCCCUCCAUGCAGUUUUCUGACCACUUCCUGUAGUCAGCCAACAUCCUCUCGCUCAGUCGCAGCUGCUUCCUCAACAGCGUGACCUGUCCUGUCCAAGCCCAUCUAAAACUGAGCAGGCUUCGAGUCCCACCACCGUUGUGGGCGAAGGUCAUCUGAUGAUCUCCGAAACAGCAAAUUAACCUACCAUGGUGCUCUCUCUACAUCCUCAUCCUCCCCCAUUUUAAUCAGAUCUGUCAGAUUUCUUGAAGGCCACAUUUUCCUUGUCUACCCCCGAGUGUUAGUAUUUUUUUUAUUUGGAAACUCCUGUUAACAUUGCCCAUUCCUAUGUCAACAGUCAUGCUGCAGUUCUGGACUCCAGCCACUAGGUAGUGUAUUUUUUUAAAACCAACCAGGUACACAGGGACAUUACCCAAUGGGAACAUUGAUGCCCACAUUCUGACCUUUCAACAUCUGAACUCUUGCCACAAAUCCUGCUUCCAGCCCACCUCCCGCCCCCAAAAAUUGCAUUUGUAAGUUGCUGGUGGUACUUGCACUGCUGGUCAGUGAUUAUCCUUCAUGUACAGCCCCAGCUACCCGUGUGAGUCCUCCUGCGGAUCAGUCGUCUGCAGCUAAAUCCGGGCAGGAAGGGGCAUUACAUUUCUAGACAAAUAUUUUAGUCUUUGUAGGUUGCUGGCAAAUUUAACUGCCAGAACUGGGCAGGGCCACUCCCCAGUAACAAAGAAAGGCUGUGGGGCACAUGCCCAACCCAUUACUUGGCAUCGUUGGAGAGAGGGCACUAGGGUCAGCAGUUGGCCCUUUGCCCUCUGUGGGAUCGAUUGGUCCCACCUGGUGAGCAGUGUCGACGGGGCUUGGAAUUCUGUGUCCCUGUUGCAAGAUUGCCUUGCCUGCGGCGACCCCUCUCUUCCUCCGGGAUCCACAGUCCGUCCCACCAUGCUACAUAGAAGGGAGGCACUGGGACCCAUCCACACACAAUCCCCAUGGAAAGAGAUGUCACCUCACCCGGGCCAUCCCAGCUCCUUGCCCCGGGGCAGGCUCAGGGAGCUGUGCUUCAGGGAAACCGCAGUUGCGCUACACCAGGGCGGAAGAGAGCGCGAGCAGGAGCCUGUCGAUAUGGUCAGCUGGGCUCUCACUCACCUCCCUCGUCCAGUUCCCCACCCCCACUGGGGAGCACAGCGAUUGGCUCCGCAGUGUUCUUUGAAACACUACCACCCCAGGCUGCCACCUCCUGGGUCAGAGGGAGGGGAGCUGUGGCUCUUAUAGCCCCCACCCCUUUCACCCCUUGCCAUGACUGAAAGCUGUAAACCGCACUCAAGAGUCAUCAUGAGAGAGAGGGCAAAGCUGGAGGUCGGAAAGAGUGCUGUCCAUGUCCUGGCCUAUGGAGAGUACCUUCUGGGACAUCCCCUGAAGAUCCAGACAAUCUUUUUGUAAUCAAUGUACAGUCCUGAGUGGGUCGGGUUUGAUCUCCUUGCUGCUGGCUUAAUUUAUAUUUCUCUCCUAAUGAGGUUCUGCCUCAUUUUUCUUUUGAUUUGUAGAAAAAUGAAAUACAAUUUUCUGUAAAUAUCUUUGGAAGGAAAAAAAAUAUUGUCCUGUAAACUUUGAAAUGGCAACUUGUUUUAUACAGCAUCGUCAAGAAAGCUUGUACAUUAUCAGGCAUUGUUCAAACUGUACUGUAAUAAAAGGUGAUUUAUAAAUUUUAAAA